AUGGCGACGCAGACGCAGGUGUUGAUAGCCCACACGGGCCAGCGCCUGCAGGUCGACAUUUCUCAACUCUCAUCCUUAGAUGAUUUCAAGGGAUGGGUUGCUCGGCAGAGUUCUAUACCCGUCCAAAAUAUUGUUGCACUUACAUCGCAAGGGAAGACGGUCAAGAUCCAGACCAUACAAACAGAGAGAGAGGUAUACGUUUACGACAUUAGAAUAACUCAAGCUUCAUCCCCCGGCACCUCGAACUCUCUUAUCUCCGAGUUACCCGUACCCAAACGAUAUACUAUAUCCCAAGCCCCGAACUCGAUCGAAAACUCACACUCGCUGCAAUCAUGGCAGGAUCUAUUCAAGAGGCGACGCGACUGGGCCUUGAUGGUGGUUGAAGACUGCCGUAGCAUGGCCGGUGUGGCGCAAGAACGGUAUAACGAAAUAGAUGUCGUGCUAAAAUGCCUCGAUGCCGCCGUAGCAAAUCUUGACACAGCCGUCAAACCGAUAUAUCCAAAGCAUGCCGAGCUGAAGAAAUGGGCAACUCCAACUCAGGAUGAAUAUGCCAACUUGGCUUCUAACUGGGAGCAUUAUCUUGAAUUAGCACGGAGUAUCACCAUCUCGCCAGCGAUGGUGCGUUUUAUGACCGGCCAGGAUGUCCGGAAGACUCGCCAGGCGACACUCGAAGACCUCAUCGACCCCGAACCUACACGUAAAGCUGGAAAGCUCGCUGCUACAUCCUUGCGAAAGUUUAACAGCAAGAUCUCCGAGUUGGACAAGGUUGUUGAGAAGAUGUUUGGCGGUAGUGAAGAAUUGUUCCAAGAGUUUAAUAAACUCUUAGAUCGGUCAGUGAUGCAGCAUAGCAACGACUGUGCCCAAUUGUUAGAAGACAUCGAAGCAGUUGCAAGAAAGGUCGAUACAGACUACCAGACCACCCUAUCCUACACCAAUCAAAGCAAAGAUGUUGCGCAGGUCUCGAAGACUGCCGUCAAUCACACAAAACAGCUUUUACCUAGUAUCCAAAAUCGAGCCUCGGAAAUGGAUGAGAUGAUUCGCUAUGCUACCCAGGCACGCAACGAGAUUGCUGCAACUUCACUAACCUUCAUGCGAAGAAUUGCUGAGAUAACUAGUCUACAUCAUAGUGUCAAGACUCAGAUAAAUGCAAUCAAUCAGGGAGAGGAGGAAAUGACCACCUUCGACUAUCUUCGUCUCAUCCAACAACUUCCUUAUAUGUAUGCAUCUUUUAUCGCCGAGGCUGUACGGCGAAGGGAAUGGUCGGAAAAGGUAAAAGUCGAUUCUUCGACGUUGCUUAAUGAGAUGGCUGUUUUCCAGGACGAGGAAUUAAAGAGACGCAAGAAGUGGCAUAAGAUGGUUGGAAGCACGUACGGCCCUGAAAAGACCGAAAGCAGCGUCCUUGGAUUUGAAGUGAACCUUCGCGGCGACGACGAAUUCUGGCCCCAGAUGACAAAGCAAGAGCUCGACGACUUUUUGACGGUUUUAAGACGCCAUAAUGCAGAUGCAGGGGUCCUAGGAGAUAUUACCAAACUGCUGAAUGAACUCACCAAUCCAACUAAGCAGCAGUCAAAGCGGCUGAAGGCUUUUAAAAAUGGAAGCGUUCACGAAGCAGCUCUCGGACGAAGCGGUCUACUCAUCCGCGGAGAUGACGAUCUACUCAGAAGCCUGCAAGGCGAUAAGUCUAAGUUGGAAGGUAAGCUAAGGACUGCGGAGAGCCGAGUCCGUCGGCUAGAAGAUCUAUUGCAUCGCCAAACCCAAGCAUCGAGGCCGUCACCUUUGGGGAAUCUCUUCCAGCCGCAGCAGAAUGAUUCCACCGACUCCGUCAAAACGACUCGUGCACCUAAUGAUCGUCGUCGAUCCAUAGCGUUGGAGAAUAACGAGGCUCUAUUUAAUCGUAUCUCGCAGCUGGAGGGAGACCUGAAUGCUCAAAAAGAACGAUCUGCAAUUUUGGAGAAGGAAGCAAAUACAAUCGAACACAUGAAGGGUCGAAUAGACGAAGCUAAUUCAAUGAAGCAAGAUCUCUUAGGGAAUAUGGAGGCCCUGAAAAGAGAGUUUAUGUUGGAACGGAAGUCGUUGGAAGAUGAAAUUAAAGCCUUGAAGGAUCACAUUGAAGAGACUGAAGAUCAAAUCGAACACUUUGGCGAAUCUAGGGAAAACGAGAAGAUCACGCACGAUGAGAAGCUUCAAUCUUUGGAGGUAGAAGUCGAGCGUCUCACAAGAGAGAAGAAGGAUGAUGCUCUGAAGACUCAGGGCCAACUCGAAUUUUUACGUAACGAGGCCCGAAGAGAAUUGAAAGAAGCACGUGAGAAGAUCCGAGACCUUAACAAGCGAGCCGACACUUUCAACGAAAACAACGAGACACAUGCUCGCUCGCUUAGAGAGCUUCAUGGGCAGUUAUCUCCAACGGAAGAGCCUCCUCAAGACCUCGCCGAUCUCCUGGAUGCUUUCAAAUCCCUCGAGCAAGAUCUGUCUUUAGUGAAAGCUGAUUUUGAAAUUGCCCAGGGCACUGCCAAGGAGGUUAAGUCCGACGAACAAAUGGGUUCGAUACAUCUUCGUGAGAAUUUGGAUAAGGAGAAGACUAGAAAGCAGCUCAACCAGCUACGACUCCAGAUGACCGAAGGGGAAACGGGAUCGGAGACAUUGCGGAAGAAAUUAGAAGACGAGGAGAUGCGAGUCGCGGAGCUAACUGAACAAUUAGCAUCGAAACAAUCCCAAGUAGGCAGUCUCGAAGAGGAAGUCCGAAUGUUCCAGGAGAAGUUACACCGGUCCGAAACGCGUAAUGUUCGCACCAAAGAUCUUACUCAGCGGCUAUAUACGCAAAACGAGAGGCUCUGCAGGCUCCUCGAACGUCUUGGAUUCUCUGUAGCGCGAAAGGAUGGAUCUAUGGCCAUCGUAAAGAUUCCACGAUCGGAACGCACUUCUCACAACCCUAACGAUUCUUCGGAUCCUGGCAACCCUCUUGCGGACAGUGCUGACCUGAAGUUACUCUACUGGAUGAACGCCGAGGACUCGAACGCCGAAGAUGAACAGUACCAAGCGUUCAUGGCCGGCCCAGGCAACUUCGAUAUCGAUGCCUUUUCCGAGAUAAUGUAUCGACGCGUGAAAGAAAUCGAGCAUACGGCUCGAAAGAUGACACGGGACGCCCGUAAUUACCGAGAACGGGCACACGACCUUGCUAAAGAAGCCCGCGACAAGAUUGCCUUUAGACAGUUUAAAGAGGGCGACUUGGCCUUGUUUCUUCCUACCCGUAACCAGACAACCGGCGCCUGGGCCGCUUUUAAUUAUGGAUGUCCUCAUUUCUUCCUGCGCGAGCAAGAAGGCCAUCGCUUGCGCACUCGUGAGUGGCUCGUAGCUCGCAUAACUCGUAUUCAAGAGCGUGUAGUCGAUUUGUCUAAGAGCUUACAGUCCGCUGCCCCCCCAUCGGAGACGGAAACCGACUCGAUCAACACAGGCGAUGAAAACGAUAAUCCGUUUGAUUUGUCGGAUGGUUUGCGUUGGUGGAUGAUUGACGCACACGAGGAUAAACCUGGCGCCCCCGCUACACCCGGGCCUGGGAGAUCUACAGUGGCUGCGAAUAACGUUGCAGCUGUCGCCGACAUGCACCAGCAUGUUCGUUCGAGUAAAGGUAAAUCCAAACUCGGCCCUAAUGGUGGAAUUGAGGGCGUCAGCAGAACUCUCAGCAAGAGCCUCGAGAGCAGACGUAGUAGUUCGGGUUCUAAGAAAGCCCUGCCGUUUGCUGGAGGAGGCGGCGCCGGGAAGGGCAGUGCGCUGGCCAGUGAGACGAAUAGCAUCACGAGCCCGACAGUAGGGCAGGAAGUCGCAGGGCCGAGCGGGACGCAACAAGUUGCAGGUGACAAACAGGCAGCCGCGGAUAACGGCGAGCAAAGCGAGCCCCGGCGGGAAGACGACAACAAUUCGAAUAUAAAUAUAAGCCCACAAAGGCCGCCGACACAGCCGCGAACACACUCCCAGCAACAAAUGAGUACUGCGUCUAUCGAAAGCCCAACAAGCCCUGCUAGAAGAAGUGUUGUAUGGGAUUCACUUUGGAACCUGGAUGUCAGCUAUCCUGGGAAGUGA